AUGAACCAAUUCACUGAUUUCUCUUAUAUUCCCUCUACGCGUUCACAAAGACGUUCUCAGAUUCCUCAAUAUCAACCUUCCUCAGCAAGGGGUUCUUACCCCACAUGGUAUUCCAACCAAGGCAACUCUACGGGAGAAUUUCUACACCAACUUGAUUUGCUUGAAGCUGGUACAUAUGGAGGUAAUCUGGACUAUGUGAGCCCCUUCACCACAAGUCAUGAGUAUGAUCCUCUUUACCUUCAACCUCCUGUCUAUCCUUUUCCUAUCGCGAACCCGUCUUUGGGACACUAUUCGUCUUUUACUCCUUUUGGAGUUCCCAUUCCGGGGAUUUCUCAAGGUUAUAAUGGCGUACCACCCAAUUCAUCCAAUAUGUGUACUUACCUAAAUGCUCAAAAAGAGAAGACCAAGGAUAUCAAGCAAGAUUUUAUGCCCAAAUCCAAUGAAGGGACUUAUCCCCAAACAUCUCAAGGUUCCGGCCCGAGUGGAACUCCUGUCCCACCUAACUCGCGAGAUUCACCUCCGGUUUCAAGUAUAGUGAUCAAUGUAACUUCACCUACGAUUUACAUUAUUCACCUUACUGAUUCAAGUGACAAGCCAAACACAUCAGUAAGGAAAGAAACACACGUCAGCUUCCAAGAUCAAGCUCAGAGUACUAUCCCUACUACCAGUCUUUCAAACAAGUCUCAUCCAGAAGAGACUACCGAGAAAGGGGAUGAUUCGGGUAGGAGGAUAAACGGUAAUAACAAUUGGUCAACAGGGGGAACAAUUCGACGAUCCGCUUUUCGUCCAAUGAAACGUCCUAUAAACUCCACAUUGGCUGACAGAUCCCUUAUCCCUGCACCUGAUCCCAUUGUUGCAGGCGAUCCAUAUGAAAUAGUUCCUACGAGUGAACGAGACGACAGGAGUGUCAAGGUUGAUCCUGAUACCAUCAAACGGAGUACUUGUGUUCCAUUGGACAUAAGGGGUGAUGACGGGGUCAAUCCGUGUUUCAGUGAUAUUUACCUCUUAUGUGAGCCUGAGAACCGCGUUAAAGGCGUAAAUAGCUCUGUUUGUAAAAUCAAUGAAAAUUCUCAAAUCAAGCUACAAUUCUCACAGCUGAAACAACCAAUGAUACCCAAACGUUCUCGUUCGUUUGCGGAAAAUGAACAGAGGUCUGAAACUGUAAGAGGUAACCAUCAAAGUGCUGUUUAUCAUCACAUGCCGUAUUUGGCAAGAAGUGUUGUAGAUUUUAGGUUGUGGGGCCAGACCACCAUGACUCCAAGAGUCCAGAAGAUGGUACCACAGGAUAUCUGUACUGUGAUUUAUAUAUGUGGAGAGCUUGGGGAUCAUAAGAGUAAAAAUGCUCUGGCUGUGUCCGGACCCCUCUGGAGCUGCAUGGUUCUCUGGCCGGCACUUGGUGACGUUUCAGAAGCUGUCACCCUCAUUGAAGCUGCUACUACAUGUUCAGUUUGA